AUGUCAUAUCGAGCCAAAUCUCGACAGCGACAUCGAAUAUGCCCUCUGAGCUCAAGAAAGAGUUUUACAAAGCAGACCCUCAGCUCCGGAAAGAAUGUUACGGGAAAUCUCAUAGAUGUGGAGGCCGAUCGAGGGACGCCUUACGACAUCAGCCAGCCAGAAAGAGAAGCACUCAAAAGCUUCUCCCAGCCCUCCACCAAUGGCCCAUACGUAAGCCGUAAAGUCGUAACGGAGGCUAUUGUUGAACACAACAAGCCGGGACGAUUGCCACCGCCCGAGGAGACUGCCGCUAUCGAACAAACCGGCGAGAUCUUGAAACGCGGUAGCGUCCACCUCGAUGUCGUGAUAAAUGCUUUUCUUGAUCUGGAUACCGUUUUCCCCUCGCGGGCGACUGCGCAACAACGUCACAUUCAAAUGGGGUUCUCCAGAAGCCUGUGGCCCCUACCUACCAUGAAUGGAGGAGUCGAUCAUAGGUCAAACGCGGAGGACUAA